AUGAGCUCCUUGUAUCACGUCAUCAGCAAUGCAGACCCUCAGACUGGGAUCAGAAGCCGCCACACGGUCCUUGAUAUCGGGACAGCGGUCACAAUUUCACCCGAAGCUGCUGACCGCAAAUCCUGGGGUCAAGCCACAGAUUUUGUGGGCAUCAUCAAAGAAUUCUGCCAUACUGCAACGGGUGUUGAGCUCUUGGUGCAAUGGUUCUACACGCAGAACAAUCUAUUGCAGGAGGGCGUGAAGCCUCCAGCCGAGCAUGCAGCCAACGAGCUUUAUAGCUCAGAUUCGACCUCCUGGAUACCUGCAGAGGCAGUCUCUGGGAAGGUUGAGAUCCUUUCCAAGUCACUUGCUGCAGCUACCUAUCCCCCGCUAACCCCUCAGAAACUAGCAGUAAGCGGCCGCUUUUACUGCUGUCAUGAGCUCGUCGUCGCAGAGCGAAAGCUGGUUCCUGUCAGCCAGCAGCCGACUCCCUCUGAUUGGCCACGCUGUGACAACCUUGAUGUCACGUGGUCACAGCUUUGUAAAAUGAUUGCCAAAUCAGUCAUUUUGACUCUGCGGCCGUCGCAAGGGGCUCAUCAACGGACUGCAAAGGUUGCUAUCCCCAUCACAGCCAUUCCCCACCUGCUCGAAGCGGCCCCAUGCUCUCGCAUAGGCACUACAUAUCUGGUGUGGAACAAAGGCGUUCUCUGCCGUGCUUUUGACAACCUGCUAGGGGAGCACUGGGAUCUUAGGAACCUGAACGCUGACCUGAAAUCAAUCAGGCCAGAGUCAAGAGGGAAUCGCUGGUGGGAAGGUGAGUGGGAGACGUAUCACAUUGAGAGGUGUAUGCUGUACCUCAGCCUCCAGCAAAGCAGGUACAAGUAUACGAGGGACCUGAUGAUGCCACUUGAGGUCAGGUACUGCUGGACGCCGCAAGACGAUCACUACGAGGUGGCCGAGGAGGCGUCGCUGGAUGUUUUCACCGAGGAAGGCAACGCCUCUUUCACAAUCGACAAUCUGCUCCUGAAAGAUACGCUCACGUACGUGCGCGAGCAAAUUGUGGAGUUCCAUGCGGACGAUGCACCUCGAAAGUUCCAGUUCUCAUACAGGGGGACUCUG